UGCGGUGCCUGCUCCAGUUGCCACCUUCCCAAUCCCUCGCUCUGCAUCUACCCAUCUUUCUCCAUAUCUAGAUCUCAUACUGGCAGUCGGGAUUAAUGGAUCACCGGCGAUCUACACCUUUCCUGGGCAGCGGCUGCCGCCGGUGCGAUCACUUCGUCGGACCACAACCAAAUCGCCUCGCCAGAUCGUAGGCGGCUCCAAGAAAGAUCGAUCAGAAAGGUACGUGCUUGCAAUGUUCUCCUGCGACAUGGCGAGCCGGUGGAGGGAGCUGCACGGCAGCGGCCACUGGGACGGCCUGCUCGACCCGCUCGACGUCGACCUCCGCCGCUGCCUCAUCACCUACGGCGAGAUGAUCAUGGCCACGUACGAGUCCUUCAUCGGCGAGCCCCGGUCCCCGAACGCCGGCAUGUGCAGGUACCGCCGCGCCGACCUGUUCCGGCGCGUGGACGUGUCCCACCCGGGCUGGUACGCGGCCACCAGGUACAUCUACGCCACGGCCAACGCCGACGUGCACGGCAAGGUGCUGCUCCGGCCGCUGUGCCGGGAGGGCCGCGCCAGGGAGUGCAACUGGAUGGGGUACGUGGCCGUGGCCACGGACGAGGGCGCCGCCGCACUCGGGCGGCGCGACAUCGUCGUGGCGUGGCGCGGCACGCAGCGGGCGCUGGAGUGGGUGGCCGACCUCAAGCUCGCGCCCGCCUCGGCGGCCGGGAUCCUCGGGCCGGAGGGCGCCGGCGGGACCGACCCGUCGGUGCACCGCGGCUACCUGUCGCUGUACACCUCGGCGGACCAGUGCUCGGAGCUGAGCAAGCAGAGUGCCAGGAUGCAGGUACUGACAGAGAUAGCGAGGCUAAUGGACAAGUACAAGGACGAGGAGAGAAGCAUCACCGUCAUCGGCCACAGCCUGGGCGCCACCUUGGCCACCCUCAACGCCGCCGACAUCGCCGCCAACUCGUACAACGCGUCAGGCCUCGGCCGGGCGGCAGGCGAGAGCCGCGCCCCGGUGACCGCCGUGGUGUUCGGCAGCCCGCGCACCGGCGACCGCGACUUCCGCGACGUCUUCCACCGGCUCCCGGACCUCCGGAUGCUCCGCGUCCGGAACCGGCCGGACCGCAUCCCGCACUACCCGCCGGUGGGCUACGCCGACGUCGGCGUGGAGCUGCUGAUCGACACGCGGCUGUCGCCGUUCCUCAAGCCCCACGGCAGUGAGUCGCAGUCGCACGACCUCGAGUGCCACCUGCACGGCGUCGCCGGGUGGCACGGCGACCGCCGCGCGUUCGAGCUGGUGGUCGACCGCGACGUGGCGCUGGUGAACAAGUUCGACGACUGCUUGGCGGACGAGUACCCCGUGCCCGUGCGCUGGAAGGUGCACCACGACAAGAGCAUGGUGAAGGGACCCGACGGGAGGUGGGUCUUGCAAGACCAUGAACCUGAUUAUGACGACGACGAUCGAUCGUAGGUACGUUUGGAUAACAAUUCGCCAUGCCGCGCGCUAAUGUGGUUCGUGGUGAUUCGUAACGUAUUGACUUGUGUCUUUUGCUAUCUUUCAUCUCUGAGUACAGUGGUUUGGUGAUUUUUGUUAGUUUUGUCAUGGAUUAAACUUCCAUAAUAUUCCCUUCAUUCUAUGUUAUAAGCUAAAUUUACAUGUGUACUAAUGAACUUAGACACAUAUACAAAAUAUAUAUAUUGAUGUAUAGAUGAA